AGACAGUCAGUUAAUCUUUUUACGCGUACGCUCAAUGUACUGCUUGAUCAAAGUUCAAAAUUCCACGGCAAGUUGGGGGCAACUUUUGGCAGUGUGGAAGAAUAUUGACACGCGUCGGGUCUGAUGCGAAGACGAAACUCCCUACACUUCAUGCUGAAAGAACAAGUGCAAGAGAGAAUCUGAAAGAAGAUGAAUGACAGGCAUCGGAAAAUUUUGCACCAGUGUUGGUCGGAGUUCAGAAAAGACCUGGAACCAAAGAAUCUAUUACCUGAAUUAACUUCUGUAGUGAACGUCACAGACGCACGAGAGGUGCUUGAAAAGGGCGCAAGAAUUGAGAGGGUAGACAAGCUGGUAACAGAAAUACUUCCACGUAGAGGAAAUAAUGCUUUUAAUGUUUUUGUGGAAGGACUGAAGAAGACACAGCCACACCUAGCUGUUACUUUGAAAAAUGCAGAAAUAAAAAUGAUGGAGGAAGAGCUUAAGAAUGAAAGAGCAAGUAGUGCGAUGAGAAGUAACCAAGUUGAUGAAGCAACAGAAGCUUUGGAAAAAGAGAAAAAAGAGCAUGAGGAAACACAAAGGAGACUCGAAGAAAUAACUCGUCAAAACAAAGCUCUGAUCGAGAAUUACAGAAAAGAAAGAGAAGACAUAGAGAAAGAGCUGAUCAACGAAAAAGAAGGAUGCGAGAAGUUAAAGAAGCAAGUUCGUGAAAUGAAAGAAGCCUUUGAGAAAAAGCAGCAAGAGAAUAAAGAAAAGCAGAAAGUAAUCGAAGAACUUGAGAGACAACAAGAGAAACUAGAUGCUGAAAGCAAAGCAGAAAUUAAGAAGCUGUCAGAGAAGAAUAACUCGUAUCAGGAAAAAAUUAAAGGCUUGAACGCUACGCUCAAAAAUCUUAAAAAGGAAUCAGAUAAGAUGGAGAAAGAAAAAAAGGAACAGAAGUCAAAGCUUAAUGCGAAAGAGCAAGAAUUAGCCAAGCUGAAAGACCAGUUAAAGAAAGAAGAAUCGGAAAAUAAAAAAGUUUCUGAAGAAGCUGAAAAACUUAAAGAAGAUAAUAACCAGUUGAGGAAAGAUUUGGAUGCCGAAAAGAAGAAGCUAGAAGAAACAGAGGAGGAACUGCAGGCAGAGACUAAAGCUAAAGGAGAUGCCUUGAAUGAACUGGAGAAAUUGAGAGAAGGGUGCGGACGUGUUUUUAACUAUAAAAAAGAUUUUGACCGAUGUGGAGUUAUUUAUGCGAUGGGAAUGAAUUUCGGAGCUAAUCGGCGUUGGGUAAAUCCCAGCAAGAGUGGUGUAUCCACAAGAGUAAGUGCCUCAAGAUCAUCUGACGAAGUAGGCUCGGCAACUGAUCUGCUUGAACGUUGUCAUAAACAGGGGAAGAUAAGCGGUACCAAAAACGUGAAGGAAUCAUGGUGGUGUGUUGCCUUGAGCGAGAAAUACUCAUUGUAUCUCACACAUUAUACUCUAAGACACGGUCUGGGCAACGGUGGUUCAUUCCUCCGUAAUUGGCAGCUCGAAGGGUCGUUUGACGGGUCUACCUGGGAAGUGUUAAAGAAACACCAUAAUGAUAGCAAGCUAUGUGAACCCUCUUCGUAUACCGCUACCUGGCCAAUUGAAGGAGAAGUUGGAGCUUAUAGGUUUUUUCGAGUUUUUCAGAAAGGAAAGAAUUCCUCGAACGAAUAUGGUAUUUACCUAUCUGGGAUUGAACUGUACGGUGUACUUAUAAAAGGUUACAAUAGUUAACAAGUAUGCCAGUAAUUCAAGAAGGUUGAAGACCCUAAGGAUUCGGAAAGCUUUGGGCAUUUUCAAUUUUUUGAUAUUACUUUUUUCAUUGGAAAGUCACCUCCAUUCAAGGAACAUCUUAGUCUCGUUUAAAAAAGUUUAGACGUUGUUUAACAAAACCGUGUCCUAAAAAAUCCUCGAUUUAACGGAACCUUUUAUCCGUACAUUUAUUUUUGUGAACAGCGUCAAGAGGGCCGAAAAAGGGCAUUUAAUCAGUUAAUUAACACUCCUCUAGAGAGAGCCUGAGGCCCACUGAUUGCGUAAAAGUGUGAUUUAGGUUAGACCUCGGUCCCCUUAAAAACGAACUUAAACUUGGAAUAAGUAAUUUGCAAACUUACGCGGCAAGAGACAAAGGGAUUCUGUCACAAAAGCUGAUUCCUGUCAGUUUAUACAAGAAUCUGUAUUUCUCCCCUAGAUUUCCGGGGAAACGCAGGUGCCUACCUGCCUAUGUGCUCGCUGUGCUCUUGUCCAUUCUACGCGACAUAAAAAAUCGAAGCAAAUUGCAGCAUAAUAGUCUACCAAGAUUAGAAAUUUUAGGGUUCACUCAACUAUUUAGUUGCCAGAUAAAGGUGGAAAGUGAUAGGGGCAUGAGGAUGAUCAUGUGGAUAAGAAAGGGAAUAUUUUCUCUAUUAAUGUAAAAGUAAGUUACGUUUUCAUAACUCCUUAUGGUGAGGGAAAAGGUGGGUCUCUAAGGUAAAAUAACUAAUUCAAGGCGACUUAAUGGACGAGUGGGCCCUAAAUUUCUUAACCUUUGAAGAAUAUGAUGUAUUUUUGAUGUCAGUCAAAAGAGUACUAAGAACUGUCAUCUAGAGAAAAUCAUGGUCGUCUUGAGAAUCGGAAGUUGUCUUCUUCGUUCGUUCUUGAAGGACUGAUGGAGACUUCUUGUCUCUUUUACAACAAAUUUUCCUUGUCCAAGAGACAUUUCACGAGACUGGUAAAGUAACCGAACAAUCCACUCGGGAUAUAGCCUAUUAUAACAUGAAAUUCCAUAACAUGAAAAUGUAAGCAAUUUGGUAAGAGAUUAGUGGCAUUAAGAAGAAAGAAUAAUUUUUAACGCUUCAGCACAAUUCGUCGCCUAAUUCCGAGGCAAGUUGCGGGAAACUUUUUAUCUUGUGACAACAUCUUAAUCAGUAUGCCAAUAAGAAAAUUGCAGCCAUAGCAACAGGUUGCUAAGGCAAUCAAGUGUUUGAUUGGUCGGUAA